AUGCACAACGCUGAACCCGCAUCGAACAGAACCGACCGCAGCCGAUCGACUCCCAAAAAUCAUGAUGAAUACACUGUAGGAUGGGUCUGCGCUCUGUCCAAAGAGCAGACCGCGGCGACGGCCAUGCUCGAUCAAAGAUAUGCCGAUCUCCCGAAACCGCUAAAUGACCCCAACACAUACACCCUGGGGUCUAUCGGUAAGUAUAAUAUUAUUAUAGCCUGCUUGCCCGAAGGCGAGAUCGGCACCUAUACAGCAGCGACCAUCGCAACUUGGAUGAUUUCCACUUUUCCACUUAUUAAGCUUAGCUUAAUAGUUGGUAUCGGCGGAGUCAGCAUACCUGCGGGCCAGUAUCCUGGGACCGGAUUGCUGAAUAACCCGCCUACCUCCCUCCACACGGCUUUGAUGAAACUGAAGACGGAGAAUGAAUUAAACGGGCCUAAGAUACCUAAGUAUUUAGAUAAGCUGAAAUAG